AUGCGUCGCAUUCACCUGCUAACGACGAUAAUCCACACUGUGACUGCUUUUACUGUCUUACCUUACAUUCAAAUCGAUUAUGCUCAUUAUUUUCGCUUGGCGCAAUGCCAAGCAAAGUGUACACAGAAGUACGGUGUGCCUUCUACUCGUACUCUUCUAGACGGGACAGUUCAAGAGUAUCUGGACGUUAAAAACUCGGCUUGUGAAGCGUGCGAAUCUGGUUGCCAUCAACAUCGUCGCUCACAUGGCAAGGGUAUCCGUGGUCCAUCGAAUCCUGCCACUGACAAUGGACAUAGAUUUUGGAUGGAAAGUAGUGCUGACGUUGCCAAAGCAGGUUCAACCCUCGUAUCAUCAGUUCAGCUGCUUUGUCAAAAUCCAUCACUUGAUGAGGAGUUUGGCGAGUCUUCUGAAGGGUUUGUUGCCAUCUCGCUUCUAAGGCCAAGCGGACCCACUAGAUUUGUUCUGCAAUGGAAACAACGAACGCAAGCAAUGGGUUUCUACGAUGAAAGUCAGUGGAUCACAGCAUCGGUUGAAUCUGAUACAUUGUUCAAAGUUAAAGGACUUAUCCCAGGAGUUCAAUACCGUUUCAUGGUCACCGCUGUAGGACCAGGUGGAAGGCUUGGUGAAACAAUAGCUAGCUCAUGGACAGAGAUUUCGAGUGCUGGAGGGCCAAGGACAUCAGCUUCUGCAUUAACCAUAAGGAAUGGAUAUAACUCUGAUCGUGGAAUAACUGCACAUUUGGAAUGGCCGAGAACCGCUCAGGAUUCAUGCUAUUAUAAACUUCAGUUGAGUAACAACACUCUUCAAUUGGACAUGGAUAUUGUUCUGGACGCGUCCUCAUCGAUUCUGCUUCCUCAUCUUGAAUUCGACUGUAACUACGCGGUUUCACUCGCUACAACCGCAUCGGAUAGGAGUCAAAUUGGAAAGCCGGUGACCACCAAUUUUAAAUCGCUUCAAUGCAAAGAUGUGCACGGGCGAGGAAGCCUCCAGUGCUUACCGGAAGCUGUAUCUGACCUGUCGAUUGUUGUUCGCUCAAAUGGCUCGGCAUCAAUUUCGUGGAAACCAUCAGCCGAUCCAGAAAAUAUACUCUUCUAUCAGCUUCUAUAUCAUGCAUUGUCCAGUGAAAAUGGCUGUCAGGAGCAAGAAGGGAUCAUCAACAUAGAAGCAUCAGCAACAUCUGCAGUCGUGGAUUUCCCUGGCGAAAAUUGUGAGUACGUUGUGCGCCUGGUUAAUUACGACGUGGUCGGUCGAGAUGCGGUCCCUCCACGAAGAGAGAGGAAGGAGCAGGAGGGACGGCAUCAAUGGCUCGUUGAUUUUCCACUCGCUAGAGUUAUAAUGGUACCGUUUUGCACAAUCCUUGUACACGCGUUGCAUCCACGAGCGAGCGGUCAAAAAUCAAUGAGGUCUCCUCAGCGGGCUAUUCAAGUAAAACCAAUCAAUAAUGGGUUGCUGACGGACCGUAACGUGUACAGAGGUGGUAAAAAAGUACACAUGUUUCUGGAAGAACACGAUCCAUCGAAUAUGACAGCAGGGACAAAGCAGAGCAGUUUUGUUACGGUAUUUGCACUAUGGAACACAAUGAUGGGCGUUUCCCUAAUCAGUAUGCCGUGGGCCCUGAAUCAGGCAGGACUCUUCUUCGGAUUCUUUAUUUUCCUAGCCAUGGGAUUGUUGAAUUUCUACACGACAUAUAUAGUGAUUCAGAGUCCGAAAAGAAUCAGAGAUAAAGUCGACCACUCAACGGUGGAAUUCACGGAAAUUUGUCGUAUCUACCUCGGACGUGUAGGCGAAAUUACAGCUAUCAUAUUUUCAAUGUUUAUUCUAGCUGGUGCUAUACUUGCGUAUUAUGUGCUGAUGUCGAAUUUUCUUUAUUUCACCGGAAAACUUAUUUAUCAACUGGCACAUCCUUCGAAUGAAACGGUAACGAUGCAUGAACCGGAUCGAUGUGGUUUUCACUGUCAAAUGGAUCAAAGUUUAUCUCCGGAUCAAUCCUACAAUUCAACCGAACCACCGAUUCUAUUUGGGUUGAGAUUCGAUCAGAUAUGGCAGCUCAGGCUCACUGUCCCUAUCUUGCUGGCUAUUGUCACAUUUCCGGUGCUGAACAUCAAAUCGCCAACAUUUUUCACAAAAUUUAACGUAUUGGGCACGAUAUCCGUGCUUUACCUUAUAUUUUUCAAUGCCGCACAUUUAAUAAAAUGUGGUGCUCAUGUGUCAUUCACUGAUGCUGCGGCAGAAACGUACGCGGCAGGCUUCCAUUGGAAUUUCCCAGCGUUGACGGGUACACUCACCCUGUCAUAUUUCAUUCAUAAUUGUAUAAUAACAAUUAUGCGACAUCAACAGAAUCCGGAAAAUAACACAAGGGAUCUUUGCAUAGGAUUUGGUUUGGUGGCGUUUAGCUAUAUUUUUGUGGCCGUCACAUUCUACCUUGCAUUCCCGUUCCAGAAAUCUUGCAUACAUGAUAAUCUUCUCAACAACUUCAGUGCUGGUUAUGCUUACAGUGCCGUGGCACGGAUUCUUAUUUUGUUCCAGCUGUGCACGAUACUCCCUCUUAUAGCGUUCUUUGUUCGUACACAACUUUCCUGCUUCAUUUUUAAGAAGUCUUAUCCAGGGUUUGGCUAUGUAUUACUUCUCAGUGUUACUGUUGUUGUAUGUGGUGCGCUAAUAGCGAUAUUUUUCCCCAAUAUUGGAAGCAUUAUUCGAUAUGUUGGUGCAGUUUCUGGUAUGAUGUAUUCGUAUGCGCUGCCAUGUCUCGUUUAUAUGCAGGAAGAACGUGCUGCGGGAACGUUAACCCCGUUAAAAAUCAUUAUUCAUAGCGUGAUCAUAAUAUUUGGUGUGGCAAAUCUUAUUGCACAAUUUUUGUUAUGA